CACAUUGAUUAUAAGCGCCAGAAAAUUCAAGUACACAUAACGGAUGAUGGUUGCUUUCUCCUGAAGCAAUUAGCAACCCCAAACAUGAAACCAAUUAUCUCUCCUUUCAUCUUCUCAGAAUCUAGUAUGGAUAAUUUUGUCAGCUUAUUUGACUGUCCCGCCCCAAACACAGCUACUGAUUCACCACGACUACAAGUCCCCUGCCUCAGUCGCCUGGGCUAUAAAUAUAUAUAUGCCAUUCCAAGCAAUUACCAACCUCCACAGUACUGUACAAAGAUGUAUGAUUUACCAGUUCCAUAUGAACUUCUGUAUCCUCUGUCUAUGGAUGCCUAUUUUUGGUGGUCUACACCAAAUUGUACAGAAUGUCAACAGAUGGGUAAGAAGUGUCAUUUGAAGUUCAACGGCAUCGAAAGUGAAAUUGAAUGUGUUGAUUUUAGUAAACCAAGCGCAACAACAAAGUUAGUGGCUACAGGUGCAACUCUGACUACAAUCUAUCUAUUAAUUUCGGUGGGUGUAAUCUAUGGUGUGUAUCACUCUGAUAAAAUGGAAAAACAGAAUCAAUUGAAAAUUGAAACAUUCCUAGAGGAUCACAAAGCGCUCAAGCCAAGCAGAUAUUCCUAUGCAGAUAUCAAAAGAAUUACGAAUCAAUUUGAGGAUAAAUUGGGGGAAGGAGCGUAUGGAACUGUUUUCAAAGGGAAGCUUUCAUCUGAAUUGUUUGUUGCUGUUAAAGUCCUCAAAAACACUAAUUACGGAGACGGAGAAGAAUUCCUAAAUGAGGUGGGAACAAUGGGUCAUAUCCACCAUGUCAAUGUAGUUCGCUUGGUCGGCUUCUGUGCUGAUGGAUUCAGACGAGCUCUUGUAUAUGAGUUCUUACCCAACGGAUCACUACAAGAUUUCAUCUCAUCAGCAGACAACAAGAAUUCUUUCCUUGGUUGGGAUAAGUUGAAAGAUAUUGCUCUAGGCAUUGCCAAAGGAAUUGAGUACCUACACCAAGGAUGUGAUCAACGAAUCCUUCAUUUUGACAUCAAACCUCAUAAUGUCUUGCUAGAUCAAAACUUCACCCCAAAAGUUUCUGAUUUUGGGAUGUCCAAGCUGUGUGCCAAGGAUCAAAGUAUAGUUUCAAUGACUGCAGCCAGGGGGACUCUGGGUUAUAUUGCACCAGAAGUGUUCUCCCGGAAUUUUGGAAAUGUGUCAUAUAAGUCAGACGUGUAUAGUUUUGGAAUGGUGUUGCUCGAGAUUGUAGGAGGGAGAAAGAAUAUUGGUGAUGAAACCAUGGACCAGGCUAGUGAAGUUUACUACCCAGAAUGGAUAUAUAAUCUUUUAGAAGAAGGGGAGGACCUUCGAGUCCAUAUCGGAGAAGAAGGAUUAGAGUGUCGAAUUCCAAAAGAACUAGCCAUUGUAGGCCUUUGGUGCAUCCAAUGGCACCCGAUGGAUCGUCCAUCCAUGAAAACAGUGGUUCAGAUGUUGGGAGGAAGAGAAAACUUAACCAUGCCGCCGAAUCCUUUUGCCGCUACGGUUACUACCAGAACAAAUGCAAACACCCGCCCGGCUGCAAGACGGUUGAACCUUGAGCUAGAAGCAAUUGUUGAAUUAGAGUAG